GCAGUUGGAACCCGAACGCUUUUGCACCGUCUGUGCGGAAGGAACUCCGGAACCAAGCUGUCUUUCUGUCUCCCCAGCCCUGCAGAGACAGCCUGUGGGCACAGCCUUCUUCUCCCUGCCGCUUCCGCCAUGGGCGCGAGUGGACAGCCACUUCACCAUGAACUGUGACCCUGCUGGCACUCCCCGGUGGACCUGUGUCCCUCGCCCGGGACCUGACAGCCUGGCAGUCGCUUCUUCAUUUCUGAUGUGCUUAAUCCUCAUGGAGCUACAUCCGUAACCAUGGUGACGCGGGUCGAAGUUGGCUCCAUCGCAUCCCUGAGGGCGGGGCCGGGCCUCGGUGACAUCAGCAGGGAGGAAGCCCUGAAGAGGACCUACUUUUGCCAGACUGGGGACGCCUCCGGGGCUCCCUCCACUAGGAUCCUAAGAGCGAAAAGCCCCCUAGGGACCCACCUGUUCUCUCUGCCCCUUGCUCCCAAGCCUUUCCUUAAGGAGCAGGUCCCAGAGAAGAAGGCUCCUGCCACAUCUUCGUGGCCUGGUGCCACCCAGUCCUGUCCUUCAACUGAGGCUGACAAGAAGGACGCUAAAGAGGACGUGGUUAAAAGGAUGCCGAGCUUAGCCGGCCAGGAGGCAGACAGAGGGGAGACCCUGCCGAAUGGCCCUUCUGUACCUAACAAGGCCACGUUCCUGAGGGCUGGCCCCAGCACCAUGGGCAUCUUUGAAACAACCAAAGCCGGACCCAGCCUGGGCAAAGGAACCAGUGAGGGGAGCCGGGAGGCCAGCUCCCGGGCAGCCCAGGCAUCUCCCUUAAGUGCCAGGCCUGAGGUGGCCACCAAGCCUGCCCUUCCCGCCCGAAAGCCUCCAGUGACUCUACCCCGACCAACCUCCCUGUCACAGGACGCUGGGCCUACUGUGUCCCAGGAGGAGGCAGGCCGAGCCCAACCUUUGCCAAAGGCCCACAGUGUGGAGGACCCCGCUGGCCAGGCCCCAGAGGCCAAGCCUCACCUGAAGAGACGGCCCAUGUCAGCAGUAUUCAGCGAGUACCUGCAGCCCCCGAAGCCAGGCCCAGGUGGAGUGGCAGUCACGGGCAAAGUCCCCCCUGCACCUCCGGAGAAGACGUGGGUGAGGAAACCCAGGCCUCUGUCUGUGGACCUGACUGCUGUGUUCGAGAACAGAGAGAUGUUGCUGAGGAAGGUGGGCAGUGAGCAGAAUGCAGCAGAGAACCAGGGCCCGGAGAGGACCAGGACCAGCAUGGAACCCAAGGGUGAUGCAGAGGGCCCUGCCCGCAUGGAUGCCACCCCUCAGGACCCUGACUCAGACUUCCAGGAGGUGGCCAAGAAGCUCCAUGCACGGAGGGAGAAGACCGUCCUUAAGCAGGCAGAUGCAGACAGUCCCAGGACUCCCAGGGCCAGGGCCAACCCUGGAGAUGAUCCGAGUCCCCAGGAAGAGGAAAGGCCAGACCAGCAGUCAGAGAAGGUGCCAGAGUCCCCUUUGCCCAGGCCAGGAAGAGGCCUGGGGCUGGCCGAGGUCAAGGCUGGAGGAUCUGACCAGGAGGCUCCUGCAGGGACAGAGAGGAAGUCUGUAGGGAGCAUCAGGAAGCGCCUCAGUCUGUUUGAGGAAGAGAGCGCGGUGGCCUUGGCAGUGGUGUCUGAGCCCUCCCCUAUGACCCCUGAGUCCCCAUCCACAGUGCCAGAGCCGGAGAGAGCUGGCGUGAAUGUUCAGGCUCGGAUCAAAGGCUGGACUGUGGAAAGCGCAGGGGCGAAGCCAGAGGUCAGGAGAAGGGCGUCCCAGGCGCGGCCAUUGUCCAUGGAUCUGACCAAACCGUAAGUGGACACAUCCCAGAACCUCGUCAACCUCAGGCUUCCUCAACACCCACUGGAGAGCUCAAGGCUAGCCCAACACCUACACACAAGCCCAAGGCUAGCCCAACACCUA